CGGUAGUCCUGAGGAAAAGGGAGCAGAGCGCGCUCAGAAUGGGGAAAGCCCCGUGGGAUGCCGGGAAAUGGAGUCCUUUCUUCCCUUGGCAGCGCCUAGCUUCCCCGUUGCUAUGGUGACGGGACAGGUGGGAGAAGAUGGGGCUCGAGUUUGGCCUAUAGAGAAGUCGGAAGAGAACCGGCUCUCCAGGAGGAAAAAGAAGGCCAGGGACGGAAUGACAAGAUGGCUACCAAGGCAGUAUAUAAACUGGACGAUGGAGACCCCUUCCCAACCAACUGCUUCCCAGCCAGAAAUCUUUUGCGGCCACGAUAUGAGGAAGGAGUGGGUCACUGGCAGGUGGCGCGCCGGACAGCAGAGCAAACCAAGAUCAAAUUGCUCUUUGGCACGAGGUCCACCCAGAUCAAAUGGCAAGAGAAAGAAGUACUGAGAGGAAACCUUCAGCAUCUCAAUGAGAAAACCCUAGAUUGCACACAGCUGAUGCAACUCCAUCAUGUGAAAAGCCCUACAGAUCUGUGCUCAGUGGAUGUCAGUAACCGGAAUUUUUCUUCGGCAAAAGAAGAGGACUUUGAGCAGUUUACCUCUGUUGCCUAUAUCAAUGCCACAGAAAACCUGCUGACCCUAGAUGUUUUUCGCACAUUUCCUGAGUUACGAGAACUGGAACUUUCCUUGAACGGCUUGAGAAAUCUUAAAGUCAACGCUGGGGACUUCCCUCACUUGGAGGUUUUGGAUCUCUCCUACAACAACCUCUCUCCUGAGGAUGUCCAAGCUUUGGGGGUUUUGUCCCACCUUAAAGUUCUCCAUCUCACUGCCAAUGGGCUGAGUGCACUUCCACUUGACCUGGCUGUUCCUGAGAGCAGUGAAGAAUCCCCGAGGUUCCCAGCUCUGGAAGUCUUGCUCUUGGACGACAACCACCUUUCCCACCCAAAUGUUUUCGUCAGCCUGGCCAACUUGCAAAACCUGAAGCAGUUAAAUCUGGACAGAAACGGGAUCAGAGAGGUGCCGUAUCUCCAGCAGGUAGAGAAGGCUCGCUUCUCCAUCCACCCGCUUUCGGCAAAGUCCGGCAUCAAAGAAGGUCUGCGGAGCCGGAAAAAAGCUGGCAAACAGCUCCACCAGGACCAGCCCUCGAAGCGGAACAAGACGCCGGACUAUAUCAUUCUUCAGAACAGCAAGGAUCCAGAGAGAACGGGUGAAGCUCUUAAGGAGGUAAUCUUCCCAUCCUGGACCCCAGAGUCACCAACCCAGGAGCCUUCUCCUUCUCCUCCUCCUUCCCCGCAACCAGAUCCCAAGACUUCCUGCGUCGACGAAGAUGCCGAGUUCACUCUUCCUUUGCCAGAACUGAGGUUCCUUAGUUUGGCGGACAAUGAGGUCGAACACGAGGAGGACCUCUUAGCCGUGGCUCUCUUCCCGUCUCUGGCAGAACUGACCUUCCAUGGGAAUCCUUUCACCACUUCACGCAGCGGUGAACCUCCUUUACUCACCAGUUUCCUUCAGAACAAACUGGGCAUCAAACUGGUCCGGAAGAAAAUUUCCAAGCUGGAGAAGCCACGAAUCUUUAUACCCAUCAAAGCUAACCGGAAGGUGAAAUCGCAGCUGCCCAAAGUUAAAAAACGCCCGCUGAUGAUAGAUGCACCGCUUGAAACCACCUUCUGGCAGCUGUGGACUGGGGCGGACUUGGAUCCCCAGAGAUCUCAACCUGGGAUGCCCCCGCCUCUUCCAUCCAUCAAGUCCAUAGGGAGUGAGCCCAAUCGCCCGAUCCUCUUAAUGCUCAACCCGGAAGAUAGAUCCGCGCCUUAUUCUCUGAGCAGUUCGUUCUCCGCAGACGAUUUCUCUGGUUUCCAUUCCUUGACGGAGCAGCUGCAGUUCGGGACUGCCCUGGACGAAGUCUCUUCGCUGGACAACUUGCUAUUUUCAAAUGUCAGCACGGCCCGGCCCCAGUCUCCUCUCCCGCACAGUUCUGUAGAGGAACAGCAUCAAAGGGAGCUUGAAGCGCGGAUUCAUAGGUUCUUGAAAGAACAGAAUUUGAGAGAUUUUCCUGGCCCUCCUACUCCGAUCCGUAGAACUCCACCUGCUUUGGCACGACCAGAUCAAUCUCCUGAGAUUGUCCCACCAGUGACUUCCGAGGCAGAACAUCUACCACCGGUUCCACUGCUGCAGAUUUCUUUGCCAGAAGAGUCACUUUCAGAGCUUGUUCCACCAAUGGAAACUUCAACAGUGGAGGAAGAAGUGCCCAAGUCUUCUUCAGUCUCAGGGAAAGAGAACCUGUCCGAGGACAUCCCACCAGAAGACAAUCAACUGGAAUCCAUCCCACCUGCCAGCUCAAGUCCUCUAGGACUGGAUCAGUUAGAAUCUUUUUCACCAAGUGGAUCACUUGCAGGAGAUCUACCUGAGGCUCCCUCACCAGAUGCUUCUCAUCUAGGUGAUCACCUGGCAGAAGUAUCUCCUUCACAGAGUUCAGCCUUGUCAGGCCAAGAUCUCUUGGACUUUCCUGAGCCUGUUCCCCCAAGUGACUCUCUGAUAGGGGAAGAGGACAUCAUGGGGUCUCUCCCAUCCUCAGUUGAACAUGAUCUUCCAGAGGAACAAACCAAACCAAAACAAGAGUCUGGAGCAGAGAUGAGCUUGGCAUCUGGAUCAGAGGGAGAGGACCUUCAGCCACGCGAAAUGCCACGCUUGCAAAAGAUUUCACCCAAAUCCCUUUCGCCUUCCCGGUCGUCUUCCAGAGAGCUUUAUGAGUUAUUUGCCCAAGCCCACUUGGCCGCCAUUCCUUCGGGGAACGAUGAUGAAUUUUCCAGCGAAAUGUGUAGUCCUGGUGAGGAAUCUCCAGCGGAAGGGAAAUCGGGAUCUUUCUUCAUGACGCAGCUGGAUGAGGUCCCCACUAUUGAAAAGAAGUCACCGAAGGAAAGGAAGAAGAGAAAAUCGUUGAAAGUGCCUGAGAAAUACAGGGGUUAUGAGGAGCUGCUCGGAGGGGACCCCGGGCCAGAUUUCGUGGAACCAUUGGGAAUACAGCACAAUGUCCAAGCACUGGAGAAGGCUCUCCGCUACCCUCUGGUCUACCGCGAUGGCAAGGCCAGGCUGGACAGCUUCCAGAAGCCCUACGUCCCAACAGAGAAGACGAAAUUGCGAUCCGUGCCCCAAAAGCCCCAAAAGCCCAGGGCAGAGCAGCUGGAAGAAAUCCUCUUGGAGAUGAGGAAGCCCAAAAACAUUGUGCAUGUGCCCUUAGUGUGUAUUCUGGAGCACAGGAAAGAAAACUGGCUCGAAUAUAGGAAGGCCUUGGAGCUGCUGAAGGAAUUCCGCGAAGAUUACCAAGCCGCGGUGGCCACCUGCAACAAAAAGAAGGCCAAGCCGGUCAGUAAGAAGAGUGUCGUUGCAGCCGAGACGGACCAAGGCCAGGCCCUCAGAAGUCUUCUUGAGGUCAAAGGGAGCAGCAGGCCACAGGCACCAGAACCCCCACCGAAAGAUGAGGAACUCACACCGAAAGAUGAGGAACUCACACCGAAAGAUGAGGAACCCACACCGAAAGCAGAGGAUCCCACACCGAAAGCAGAGGAUCCCACACCGAAAGAGGAGGAACCCACACCGAAAGAGGAGGAACCCACACCGAUAGAUGAGGAUCCCACACUGAAAGAGGAGGAUCCCACACCGAAAGAGGAGGAUCCCACACCGAAAGAGGAGGAUCCCACACCGAAAGAGGAGGAACCCACACCGAAAGAGGAGGAACCCACACCGAAAGAGGAGGAACCCACACCGAAAGAUGAGGAACCCACACCAAAAGAUGGGGAACCCACACCGAAAGAUGAGGAACCCACACCAAAAGAUGAGGAACCCACUGUAGACACCGAAGAGCCACCUGUUCUAGAAAACUAAGAACUCUUAUAGGGUGAAAAGAUGCUGGAUCUUCCAGAACCUCCUGUGAUAUACAGGAUACAUGCCUGUCUGGUUCUUACAUGGUUCUUCAGAAGCCAAAGGCUGAGCAUAGUUUCACCCCACUAGCAGUUUCAAAUGCAUUUUCCACCUUAAAUCCAUGAAGCAACCCCAAGGUGAAAUAAACAGCCACACGAGUGCUGGACUUCUGGUUUUAUGUAAUGGCCGUCAUAUGGCAUCCGCUUUGACCUCACGGAAGAACCUUGGUAGGAUCUGAUGGCAGAAACUCAACUGCGAAGCAUUAAUCAUUGAUCUGGGAAGUAGAAGAUGCCACCAGCUGAGAAGCUAUGACUGGCAUUUGGGACUUAUUCCUCACAAACCACAUUUUCAGGGCCAUAGCAUAGAAUGGCUGUGCCUUUUUAUGGGUUGGGCUUGCGAGAUAUUUCCCUUCAAGGAGACCAAGGUGCAACUUGGCUCUUGUACUCUGUUUGGAACAGGGGAGACAUUUAUAGGCCUCUUUUAUCUUUCAAAAUAUGGCUCUAAGUAUUUAAUUAAAUUUUGCAUUUUUGAAAUCAC